UGAUUUUAUAUGCAUUUUAAUAUAUUAUUUAAUUAUGCAAUCUUUAAUUACAUGUUAUGUGUUUAAUUCUGAAGGCUGGGUAGGCGAGGAGAAUGGAACUGCUACACAGAGCCAGAAGUUAAAGGAGCGGUAUAUUCAUUAUGUUACAAUCUUGAAUUACAUGAUUAUAUUUUUUUAGACAGGACUACUAUCUCAUAAGCAAACUAGGGAAAUUUAUCUACCUGAAAUUACAGUAAACUGGAUGCACAUUUGAUUGAAAGAGUGCACUCUGAGAAUAGUUACCAGUGGUUUGCUAUCAAACUAAGAGGAUAUAUCUAAUAGAGUCACUAAUAGACUAGAGAGUAUCUACAUAUUACAUUUGCAGAUGACACAAAGGUAAGAGCAGUAACAAGUAUUUUGGUGGAUAGCAUUAACAUUCAAAAUGAUGCUGACAAUUUGGAGAAUUGGUCUGAAAUCCGCAAGAUGACCUUCAAUAAGGCAAAUGCAUCGUACUACUCUUGGGAAGGAAAAAUCAAAUGCACAACUACAAAAUAGGGAAUAACUGGCGAAGCAGCUGUAAUGCGGAAAAGGAUUUGGGAUUAUACUGGAUCACAACUUGAAUAUGGGUAGAGCCCUGCAAAGUUACAAAUGUCUACCUAUGGAUGCGGAUAGACAUCGGCAUUUGCUGAUCUGCUGGUCUCUGCUCCCAAUAGACGGUGUGACCAAUGGAGAUGUUUCUUUUCCAAACUGAAAAGUCCCAGUCUUCUUUAUCUAUACUCUUAUGGAAGCUAUUCCAUACCCCAAAUAAUUUUUGUUGCCUUUUUUUGAUAUUUUCCUAUUCCAGUAUAUCUUUUUUGAGCUAAAACAACUGCACUUCCACACAGUGUUCAAGAUCGGGUGUACUGUGGAUGUAUAUAGAGGCAGUAUGAUAUUUUCUCUUAUUUUAAAAAGGGACAAAUAAUGAUUUCCAAAAUGUUGUUUGCUUUUUUGACAGCCACUGCACAUCGAGUGGCUGUUUUCAAAGAAUUAUCUACAAUGACUCCUGGAUUUCUCUCUUUAGUGGUCAUUCAACAAAGAAAUGGAGAGUGUGACCACACUCAAUUUUUAAUAGAAGAGAAAGAGUCUAAGGAAGAGGACUUUUAUGAAGACCUUGACAGAUUUGAAGAGAAUGGGACCCAGGAGUCCCGCAUCAGUCCUUACACUUUCUGCAAGGCUUUUCCUUUCCACAUAAUAUUUGACAGAGACCUGGUGGUCACACAGUGUGGCAAUGCUAUAUACAGAGUCCUUCCACAGCUUCUGCCAGGAAACUGCAAUCUAUUGUCAGUUUUUUCCUUGGUUCGGCCUCAUAUUGAUAUUAGUUUCCAUGGGAUCCUCUCACACAUCAACACUGUCUUUGUAUUGAGGAGCAAGGAAGGUUUGUUGGAUGUAGAAAAGCUGGAGUGUGAAGAUGAUCUAACUGGCACGGAAAUCAGCUGCUUACGCCUCAAAGGUCAAAUGAUCUACUUACCUGAAGCAGACAGUAUUCUCUUUCUUUGUUCUCCAAGUGUGAUGAACUUGGAUGAUUUAACCAGAAGGGGGCUAUAUUUGAGUGACAUUCCAUUGCAUGAUGCUACCCGUGACCUAGUUCUUUUGGGAGAGCAGUUCAGAGAGGAAUACAAACUAACUCAAGAACUGGAGAUCCUCACAGACAGACUUCAGCACACGCUCAGAGCCCUAGAAGAUGAAAAGAAAAAGACAGACACAUUGCUGUAUUCUGUGCUUCCUCCAUCUGUUGCAAAUGAACUGAGACACAAGCGGCCUGUGCCAGCUAAGCGGUAUGAUAACGUGACCAUUCUGUUCAGUGGCAUUGUUGGAUUCAAUGCAUUCUGCAGUAAACAUGCCUCUGGAGAAGGAGCCAUGAAAAUUGUUAAUCUUUUAAAUGACCUUUACACAAGAUUUGACAUUCUAACUGAUUCACGAAGGAAUCCAUUUGUUUAUAAGGUGGAAACAGUUGGAGACAAGUAUAUGACAGUGAGUGGUCUACCAGAGCCAUGCAUUCAUCAUGCACGAUCUAUCUGCCACCUGGCAUUGGAUAUGAUGGAAAUAGCAGGACAGGUUCAAGUAGAUGGAGAGCCUGUACAGAUAACAAUAGGCAUCCACACUGGAGAGGUGGUUACAGGUGUCAUAGGCCAAAGGAUGCCACGCUACUGUCUCUUUGGAAACACUGUUAAUCUAACGAGCAGAACAGAAACCACCGGAGAAAAGGGAAAAAUCAACGUUUCUGAGUACACCUACAGGUGUCUUAUGUCACCAGAAAAUUCAGAUCCACAAUUCCACCUGGAACACAGAGGCCCGGUUUCCAUGAAGGGUAAAAAAGAACCAAUGCAAGUUUGGUUUUUGUCCAGAAAGAGUACAGAGACAGAGGAAAUAAAGCAAGAUGUUUACUGAGCUGGGGGAAGAGGAAGAGGACGCUGGAUAGGGUGCAAUGCUGUGUCCCAAACAGCUUACUGGUCUGGUAGUAAUGAUGAAUUGUGGGUAAUACUUCACUUUGCAUUUCUCAUUUGUCUAUUUGCCCUAUUCUGAAAAUAUCAUAUUCACUGCUUUCCUGCAGAUUCGUAUUUGCCUCAGUUUUUGACAUCGUGUUUUUGCUGUGGAUAUGUUUUCCAAGCCAUUUUUGUGGACACGUAACUUUUUUUGUGCCCUGAACAUCGGAUAGUGCUGAAUGACAUUAUGCAAUGUGUGUGCCAUAACUAACCCUUUUAAUUUGGUGCUUCUCACAUGUGCUCAUUGUCUUCAUCAUGAUUAUAAAAGCUAUCUUAUUAAUGCUAUCCAUUUUCCUUCAAUAUGCCAGCAUGUGGCACUCCAGUUCCUCCUGGGAACAACACUUGAAACACUGUGCUAAUAAGUAUUGUGAAAACAACAGUUCUUUUGAUGUUAUUGUACAAUUUUCACCUGGAUAUACUAUAUAUACAUUUUCUAUAUUCAAAAGAGGGGGUUGGUCAUCUAAUACUGCAAUUUGAAUUGUGUGUAAAUGUAAUUCUAUCCAAAUGCUGCUCACUUUCCAUUUAUUUUUCAUUGAUUCAUAUUCACUGAAUGCCGCUGACUUGCUGCAAAAUGUUAUGCCACUCAAUGUUGCUUUGGUUCUUUUCCUUUCAACCAUAAACAUAUAAAGGCACAGCACUGGGACAAGUUAAUCAAGCAAGCCUUUUAUUUUUUGUGUCUUUAGUUUUCAGAAAUGUUUUUGUUUCAGUCCUUAGAAGAAUUUUAUAAUGUUCUAGACAAAAGUCAGGAAUAAUUAUGUUAGCUUCAGUGUAAAGGGCAUUGCUGUUGGAAUAAUAUGUUCAGUCUUAGCUCUAUGAUAUUUUUCAAAUAGUUGCUUUAUACAAUUAUGUUAGUACAGUACAAUUACUUGUGUGAAAAAUAAAAGUUUGUCUAUAGUGUAUCUUUUCAGCCCAAAAAUAUAUGUAUAAAUGUUUCAUGCUAAUGUGUAAAAGAAACUGCAAUAAAUUAUUUUUUCCAUUGGUCUUUGAA